GUGCUAAUGACACUCAAGGCUACGUUCUGAAUUUCAAGUAAAGAAUUGCUCAGUUGAUCCUCUCGACCUAGAGCUUACAGGUUACUCUUAGAGUUCAACCAGAAAACCCUGUUGUGUCAAAGUGUCAGAAGUGUAAAAGCAAAAUCAUAUUGCUUUCAAAAGUUUUUGAUGUUACUUUGAAAUCAGUGAAAAAAUAUUGUAAUUUAUUAUCUCAUCUUUGUGGUGCUAAGUUUUGAAGAAGUGUUUUAUUUGCGUUCAUCUGCUUCAAAGAAUUCAGAAUUCCUGCUCCUGCCUUUAGCAUCUGCUUCAAAGAGUUGAAGAUUUCAAAAGCUCACACACAAAAAUUAAUUGUUCCAACUUUGCGAUUUGCUGACAUACACAUCCAGAGGAGAAAUUAUAAUUUGUCGAAGAAAACGUUGGCAAUUAAAUCUACACAAGAAAUCAUUAAAGGUACAACAUUCAAACGACGAGAGACAAAAAAACAAUAAUGGAAAAUACGUCAGUUCCUCUUAACAUCCUUUCCGAAAUUGUCAUGGAGAAUUUCAAGGAAGCAAUGAGGCAGAAUAAUCAGUGUCUCGUUAAUGAGUUGCUGUUACAAGGAAGCGUUUACCAAAGCGAUAAAUUCGGCAACACAUUUUUACACGCUGCGGUAACAGAAGGCUCAUUAGACACCGUAGCAGUUUUGUGUAACUUAGGGGCGGAUAUUUAUGCUUUCAACAAAGAGAAGAAAACUCCAUUGUUUUAUGCCAUUAAGAGUUCGGUAGAUAUAGUUAAAAUACUAUUAAAUAAUAGGGUAAUUAAUGAUUGGAGUUUACUGCGUCAGGCUAUCAUUUUUGGAUCUGAAGAAGUAGUUAGAUUUUUUGUAAAUAAUUUGCCAUUAUAUAUUAAUAACAAUUUUCAAACAGAGUUAAUUUUUAAUAGAAACUUAAGACUUUUUAAAAAUGAUAAAUAUGAUAAAAUUGACGAUAUCUUCAAAGUACUUCUUCAGAUCCAAAAAUACGUAUGUCGAGAAUACUUAGAUUAUCCUUUAUUAAUUUUUUUAGCCGCAAAAUUAAACAACAAACAUAUUUUACAAUUAGUUUUAGAAGACUGUGAGAAAUAUGUAGAAGAAUGUACAGGCUACACUAAACCGUUAAUUGAGAGUAAUGUGGAAAGAGAUGAAACACAGUAUCGAUUUCUUCCCUUUGAAUUAAAUUUUCAAGGUACAUUUUGCGAAACAGCACUUCAUUACGCAGUGAGUCUUCAACUGCCUGAAGUUGUGCUGUUUCUCUUACAAGAAGGAGCGGAUCCCAAUUGCAAAACUCGUAGCGAUUUAACACCUCUUCAUUACGCAUCAUAUCUUGGAAACGAGAACAUUUGCAGUAUUCUGCUAAACUUUGGAGCGCAUGUCAAUCCGAAUUCAUGUCAGACCAAUUUUGGACUGAUUUCACAUUCGGAUUGUACAAGCAAUCCAUUGCAUUUAGUUUGCGGUGAGUGGACCACGCGAGAAGUUUUAAAUUCGUCUUGGAAUUCUUUCUGUAAAGAAUUGCAUGAUCUAAAUUUCGUUCCGGGACCUGUUUUUGAUAGAAAGAUAUUAAAGCUAUUACUGAGUUAUGGAGCAAAUCCUAAAAUUUCAGGACAUAAUGGUUUUAAUCCUUUCUUUGAAGUGUGCAGAACAGGUCGUUGGAAAGAAAUGAAGAUUUUUUUGGAAUUCCUUACAGAUUUUUGUGCUUAUGAUACAGAAGAGAAUACAGCUCUUCAUCUCGCAGCGAUUGAUGGUGCCUUUAAAACAGUAGAUCUUCUACUGGCAAAAGGCAUUGACGUCAAUGUAAGGAAUUAUUUGGGUUAUACUCCUCUUAUGUAUUACAUAACAAAUGUGAAAAAUCCAUGUUCCAAAAUGAUAGAACUUUUCGCAUACCAUGGUGCAAAUUUAAAUGACAGAAGUAAUGAAGGGUGGACGGUUUUGCAAAUGGCUGCUUCCUUUAACAAUCCUAAAGCUGUGCUAACCUUAUUGGAAUUAGGAGACAAUGAAUUAUGGAAUUUGUCUCCUGAUUCCCAUACACAAGGUUUAGUUUCAAGCUCGUGGUCAACUGGUGGAAAGGGAUUAGAAGUUCUUCUGUCUUUCAUCUCUUUAAGAGAGGAUAAAAUCGGAAAUUAUGUUAAAUGUUUUAUAAAACCGGGUCAUUUCAACAAAGCUUCUACAUAUUUUGAAAAGUCAAAACUAGAACAGGAAGAAUUAAAGAAAGCGAUAGUAGUGCACAGAAGAAAAUUUUCAUAUUACAAUAUUUUAACGUGGAAUUUUUCAACAUUAGUGCGUGUUAUUAAAAUUGCAAAAUUAAGAAAUGAAUUGACUUAUAAUACAGAUAUAAGUUCUAAUUUCCCAUGUUAUGCACUUUUAAUAAAUCGUAGAUUGUCAAGAAUUAAAUUAUUAGAAGCUUCUGUUGAUAAAACUAUCGAUUUUUUUAUGAAUUUCGGCGAGAAAAAGCUACCGUGUCUAGUUGUUGAGAAGAUUCUUAGUUAUCUUUCUUGUAGAGAUUUUCAGGUGUUUGGAAAUAUUCUAUCUGAAAUUUAAUUAUUAUGAACUUAAAAAAUAGAAACAUUAGAUUUUCGUUUUAAUUUCUAGUUACCAUUCACAGUACUCAAAUUCGCAUCAAU